UCUUCAAAGCCCUUUCUCACCCCAAAAUUCUCCUCUUCGAUGUAUCGGCGACCUACUUAUUUGUGAUCGAUCGAUUACUUCUCUUCCCAGAUUACUCUUUCAAAAAUUUACAAUCUUUGUCCAUCUGGUUGUCGAUCGUACAAAGCCGCCCGCCGUCUCUCGAUUUAUUCGUGCCCCAGAUGGCAGGGGAAAGGUGUGAUCUUAACAAGGACGAAGCGGAGAUUCUCAAACCUUCUUCCUCGUCCCCUUCUAUUUUGCCGCAGCUUUCCCCUCAAGGAUUUGAAGCUCCGGAGAGGCCUGAGAGAUUCCAGGCACCUACUGUUCCGAUUUCCUGCCCGCCGAAGACCGAGGAAGACUGCCGUCCAUCCCCGACCAUUCAGUCCAUUAAGCGUUGCUUGAUCUGCGGGAAAAGGGUGGGCUUGACUGGCUUCCGGUGCCGCUGCGGCGAUCUCUUCUGCAAACUUCACCGGUACUCCGAUUCCCAUGACUGCUCAUUCGAUUACAAGGCGGCUGGAAGAGAACAGAUCGCCAAGGCCAAUCCUCUCAUAAGGGCUGCGAAGAUCAUUAAAAUAUGAGGGUUUCUUUUCCUGUUUUUACUCAACAUUUCUUGAAAUUAACUGGGUCUACCUACUUCAUCUCGCAGUCUGAUUGAAUUGCAUUGUCUCUGAAUUUUUUUUAGAGAUUUAUCCAACUUCAUAUGUAUCAUCA